UUCUUCGUUCUCGCUUCACUCGAAGCUAUAUAAUACCACCAAGCUAAGCACGUACCAUCCUAAGGUUGAGAGCAGAGUACCAUCGUCAAUCGACUGGUUUAAUUCGUGCUAAGCAGCACACGUCUCCCUCUUCUGAAAGAAGCUGCAGCAGGUUUUCGCCGGACCAUGGCUGGAAGAGGAGGAAAUGGCGUUCCGGCCGAACAGGAGUUCCCAGGCUGGAGCGUCGCCAAAGCCCAGGAAGAUCCACACCCACCUGUGCGGCAUGUGCACGCUGCUAGAGGUCUCCCUGCGCAAGCUCGGCAUAAAAACGAGGAAGGGCCGGCGCAUUUCAUCCCUGGCAUCUCCAACUCCAUGCCUAGCCAUCAUCAUCAAUUUCCGGGGGCGCAGUGGAGCAAGAAUCCUACGCCGCAUGUCCCCUCUCCAGUGGAAUUCAUCAUAGAGGCGUUUCAGCACCAAAAGGAUGAGCUGAAGGAAAAGGCGCGCCAAAAGUUGAUUCGCUUAUCCGGCGGGGGGAACUAGACAAAGAAGAGAAAGGAUGCAUGGGGAUGAACAAUCUACAGCAGCGCUAUAGUUGUCUGGACAUCAGCAUAGAGAGGUGCAGAUGACACAUACAACAUCGACUAUAUAUAUAUUAAUUUAUGCUGCACGCGCGACUCGUGAGUCUUUAGUUUGAUUUGUUGAAUAAAUGUAAUGAGAGCUAGUACGUCGUCUCUACUAUACAUGCAUAUGCUGGCCAAUCCACAGGAUGGUACUAGUCCUCCAUAGUAAACAACAGAACCCAACUGGUUCAAAUUGUAUUCGGUUCUGUCUGUAAAAUCUGAUUCUAUUCACCGCUAGCAAUCACAUGGAGCAUGUUCAUCACAAA